GUUAUCUGUGGCACAACAAAUCGCGCUAUCGAGGAUCGAGGCGAGGCUAUUGUUGCUAAUUUGUGCUUACAUUCUCGCAUUUAUUCUUAUAUUUUUCAACAAAUUUGGAUCCACACUAUCAAAAUGGCAACCACGGCCAAGCCACGCUCGGAGAUGACUUUGGAGGAGUUAGCUAAGAUUGAGGAGGAAGAAUUCAGCACAGGACCUCUGUCCGUGCUAACACAGUCCGUGAAGAACAAUACUCAAGUUCUGAUCAACUGCCGGAACAACAAAAAGUUACUGGGCCGUGUCAAGGCCUUCGACCGGCAUUGUAACAUGGUUCUUGAAAAUGUAAAGGAAAUGUGGACUGAAGUGCCGAGGACUGGUAAAGGAAAGAAGGGUAAAGCUGUUAACAAGGACAAGUUCAUUUCCAAGAUGUUCCUUCGUGGAGACUCUGUCAUUCUGGUUCUAAGGAAUCCUCUCGCCACUGCAGCGGGGAAGUAAACUAAGUUUAAGGUACCAAAGUCAUCUAUUGUCAAAAGUACAGCCACUUACCGAAUAUCAAUAUCUAUCUAAAUGUAAUUAAAAUAUUUGGGAGAAAUUGAAAAAAUUUACACUCCAAUAUAAUUCUGAUCAAUAUUUCUUACCAAUUUUCAUGUGGUUGGCUUGCACUGGAUGCAUUAGAUGUAAUUUUAUAAGUCUCAAUAUAAGGUUUAAAAUGAA